AUGUUUCCGUGGGGGACUUUCGGCGGAGCGCAACAGCCUCAGAACUAUGGAGCCAACAACAGUGGAAAUGCUGCAGCGUUUGGAGGCUCGGGCAGUGGGUCCGUGUUCUCCAGCCUCCAGGAGCAACAUCUCCAGCAGAUGCAGCAGCUGCAGAUGCUUCACCAGAAGCAGCUUCAGUCUGUGCUGCACCACGGAGCUCAGGCCGCCGCCUUCGCUGCUCAGCCGGCCCAGUAUCCCGGCUCAAUGUGGCCGUCCACCGACACAGUUGUACAAGCAAACCACCCGGGGCCUACGGCUUUCUAUUCCCAGAAUAACUCUGCCUCCAUGCACACAAGGGGUCCCAUAUCCCAGCCGCAAGACAUCCAGCCUCCUCCGCCGUCUCAGCCUCCCCCAGCCGAGCAGCCCGCUCCUCCACCUCCAGAGCCACCAGCAGUAACCGAGCACAGUACACCCAAGCCCCCGGCUCCCGGGAGUGACACAGCCACAUCAUUACAGGAUCGACAACAGCAGUGGUACAAACAACAUCUGCUAAAUCUUCAAAAAAUGAAGCAAGACAAAGCCAAACAAAAUCAGAAGGAAUUUGGUAGCACGAUAGCGCAGCCACCUCCUCCAAAAUCAGAACCCCCUCCUCCUCCGCCAACGGAAGAACCACCGGCUCCUCCACCACCACCACCUUCAGAGCCUGAAACUCCUAAUGAUCCAGAGGAGGUUGCACGCCUCAAGCAGCUCCAGGCUGCUGCAGCCCAGUGGCAACACGUGCAGCAGCAGAAGGCAGGUUUACAAUACCAAGCUCUCAUGAAGCAACAUGAAAAUCUCCAGAAGGUCCUCGAACAGUAUCAGCAGCUGAUUCAGCAACCUCCAAACCUACAGAGUCUCUCGGCUGAAUUGCAGUUUAGAUAUUAUAAAACACUGCAGCAGAAAUUUGUUCCAAUGUAUGAAGAAUGGGAUAGAACCUUUAAACUGUGGUGGUGUUGGAGAUUCACGACUUGA